AUGGAAAACACAAUUACCGCGUUUCCAGACGGGCACUCACACGUUGUGUACGAUGGAGUUAACUCAAAGUUCAUAGUGGGGAAUUCCGGUGGGUUGAUAAAAGUAUUCAAACCCAGUGAACCUGAUUUAGAGCCAGAAUCACUUGACAUCGCAGAAAAUAUCUCCAAGCUUGUCCUUAGCACUUCGGGACACCAGGCGCUAGUUGCCACCUUAUCAGGGAAACUUGAGUUAGUUGACUUGAAGCAGCUCGAGUCGACUGGUGACGUUUAUCGCUCAGAACUCCCACUUCGUGAUGCAGUAUACAUCAAUGAAGGAAAGCGUGUAGUAGUCGGUGGUGAUGAUUCUGUGUUAGUUGUGGUAGAUCUUCAAGUACACCCCCCUGCAAUCUCCAAGACCAAUCUUCCUAAUCUGUUUUUGAAUGCCUCUUACAACCCUACGGGAGAAAUGCUUGCCGUGAGUACCUCGGGCCGUCAUGUACAAAUCUACUCAGUAAUAAAUGAAAUGCCAACUCUUUUGGAGACCAUCAAGAACAUUAUCCCAGAAAGAGUUUGCACAUCAAUGGAAGUUGAAGAAAUUGACGAUGGUGAAAGGGUUUGUACCAAGACUGAAUGGUCACCAAAUGGUGAACUUUUACUUGUUUCAUCCUCAGAAGGAAUUGACAUUUUCAACCGGUCAAAUUUCACCACGAAGGAAAGCUCUAUACCUUAUGACACCCCAGAAGAUUCACUCGUAGACUUUGCCUUAUCCCCCAAUGGGAAGUUUGUGGCACAAGUUUGGAAGUCAAAAUCUUUGUACAUCUACAACUUUGAUACAAAGCAACAAGUGGAAAAGACAAAGUUGUCUUGCAAAGAGAUCCCCAUCAAUGUAACUUGGGGGUUCACUUCCAAGAAGAAUACAUAUGACUUGUUUGUUGGUACAUCCAAUGGUGAUAUAAUAUCCAUAUCUGACAUUGUCGAACAAGGCGAUGCUUUACAGGAAAAAACUCAAAAACCUAGGUCUCCAACCAUCAACAGCCUCUUUCUUGACGAGGCUGAUGAAAGUGGAGAUGAAGGUACCAAUACGGAUGAUUUGCUUGAUGGCAGUGACGCGGACGUUCCACGGAUGAAUGAUAUAGAAGAUUCAAUGGUUAUUGAUGAGGAUGAUGAUGAAGAAGAAGCAGAACAAGACCAAGAUGUAGAUGCAUACCUUGCAAGAAGAAAGCGUCAACGCCUGAAUGGUCAUCACCCUCAAACCUCAGUUGCCCCCACUUCAUCUCUCAAUGGCCGUGGCGGUGAUGGUGGUUUUAGUAGUGGAUAUUCAAUUAAGCCAUAUUCUCCGGGAUCGACUCCUUGGAACUCUGAUAAGUCUGCAGUCACCAGCAGAAGAUAUCUUUCCAUGAAUAGUAUUGGGUAUACAUGGGCGGUCAAAUCUACAAAGGAUGAAUCAAACAUACAAGAUCAACAAAGUAUUACUAUUUCCUUCUUUGACCGUGCAGUGAACAAAGACUAUCAUUUCACUGACUAUUAUAGUUAUGAUUUGUGUUCCAUGAACACUCGUGGUGUACUUUUAGGGUGCUCUGGACAUCCAGAGAACAACAGAGAUCACGCCGGACGUCUUUAUUACAGACACCACGAAUCUUUACAAGACUCAUGGGACCGUAAAAUCCCCUUAUUGAAGGGAGAAUUUAUUACUUCAAUCACUUUGACUUCAAGUGGUGAUGAUCUUGUAGUGGUUGGAACAAAUUUCGGAUAUGUUCGUUAUUUUAAUUUAUAUGGUGUAUGUGUCUUUUUGAUGAAAACGACUCCAGUGGUUACAUUAAUUUCUUCAGGAUCAAUUGUGUUUAUUGUUAACCAAUCGUCGAGUUCCACAUUCACUUAUUCUAUGUUAAAUGCUGGAGUAGAUUACCGGUAUAUACAACAAGAUGUUUUAUUACCGUUAAGAUAUUCACCCUCAAGACUUUUAAUCAAGGGAAUCUUCUUUAAUGAACAUAAUGAUCCAUGUAUUGUUCCAGGAAUUGAUGACACCGUACUCAUUUUAUCCAAUUGGAGAGAAACUCACAAUGGGAAAUGGAUUCCUAUUCUUAAUUUACACGAUUCAAUAACUGAAGGAGGUCAAAAUGAUGUGAAAAAGAAUUGGAAUUGUUGGCCAUUAGGAUUAUAUAAAGAUGAAGUAAGUUGUUUAAUUUUGAAAAGUGGCAAAUAUCCAGGAUUCCCCCUUCCUCUCCCAGUGGAAGUAACCAUUGAAAUGCCUGUUUCUGUCAAGGAACGUAAAUCUAAAGAUAGUGGAAGAGGAGAAGAAGAUGAAGAAAUUCAAGAACAAACUGAAGUAGAUACCAACAAGGAAGAUCCUGAAGAAUUAUUUUUAAGAGCAUUGACUAUGGGACGUAUAGUUCAUGGAUCAUUAGCAGAAGCAGAAGAUGAAGAGGAAAUCAUGGAAAGAUUAGAAGCUUAUAGCAUGUCCUUUGAUAAGUCACUUCUUAAAAUAUUUGCAAAAUCAUGUCAAGAUACACAAUUAUCCCGUGCAUAUAGUGUCGCUAAAUUAAUUAAAACUGACAAGGCAUUAUUUGCCGCAUCGAAGAUUGCAGAAAGAAUGGAAUUUAUCAGUCUUGCUACUAGAAUAGCCAAGCUUAGAGAAGACCUUCUCGAAGAUGAAUAG